AUGAAUUCGUAUUUCGCAAACCCGUCACUCUCCUGCCAUUUAUCCGGUGGUCAAGAUGUUUUGCCAAGCGUGCCGCUAAAUUCCACCACUUAUGACACAGUGAGACAUUUUUCGUCGUAUGGGGCUGCUGUGACCCAGAAUCGGAUAUACGCAAAUCCUUUCUAUUCUCCCCAAGACAAUGUUGUUUUUGGGCCGAGCCGGGCAUCCUAUGAGUAUCAUGGAUCUAAUGUGUUUCUUCAAGACAAGGAUGGGGGUCUUGCCAGUUGCAGACAAACAACAAGCAUGGGACUGAAUGCGCAAAACCACAUUGCUCAGGAGUACAGUUUGGAUCAAGCCAGAGGUGGAUCGCAGGAGCAGAAAGCUAACGUCCAGAUAUACCCGUGGAUGCAGCGAAUGAACUCUCACAGCGGAGUUGGGUAUGGGUCAGACAGACGCAGAGGACGCCAGAUAUACUCCCGUUACCAAACACUGGAACUGGAGAAGGAGUUCCAUUUCAACCGCUAUCUAACCAGACGUAGACGUAUCGAAAUAGCAAAUGCUCUCUGUUUGACCGAACGUCAGAUCAAAAUUUGGUUCCAGAAUCGUCGUAUGAAAUGGAAGAAAGAGAGCAACCUAACGUCGACGGUGACGGGAAGUGAAUCGACAGGGGCCACGUUGGAGAAGGAACGAGACGGCGUGGAAGAGGAGAAAGAGGAGGGAAAGAAAGAGAAAGAAUGA